AGAGGAGAGGGGGGGAGGGUGAACGCAGACAGACAGAGAGAGAGAGAGAGAGAGAGACAGAGAGACAGACAGGAGGGAUAUGGCCCUCUUACGCGUCUCUGCAGUCAAGCUGCACGCCCUGGACUGAAGACCAUGCUGGAUAAAAGCGAAGUGUCCACUCUCAGUCUGCCACCCUCCGUGAGCCAUGGCGGGUCGGACGGGAACAUCAGCGUGGAGGCAGGGUCGGACGGGGCGGCCGGCGAGGUCCAGAGAACACGAGCGGCGCUGGAACACCUGCAGCAGAAGAUCCUGAAGAUCACCGAGCAGAUCCGUGUCGAACAGGAAGCGCGUGAUGAUAACGUGGCCGAGUAUCUCAAACUGGCCCAUAAUGCGGACAAGCAACAGGCGUCACGCAUUAAACAGGUGUUUGAGAAGAAGAACCAGAAGUCUGCGCAGACCAUUGCACACUUGCACAAGAAGCUCGAACACUAUCACAAGAAGCUCAAAGAGAUUGAGCAGAAUGGUCCUGCGCGGCAGCCCAAAGAUGUCUUGCGGGACAUGCAGCAGGGGCUGAAGGAUGUAGGCGCCAACGUGCGAGCGGGAAUCAGUGGUUUCGGAGGAGGCGUGGUGGAAGGAGUCAAGGGCGGAGUCUCGGCACUCACUCACACCGCCGUCGUCUCAAAACCCAGAGAGUUUGCCAGUCUCAUCCGCAACAAGUUCGGCAGCGCCGAUAACAUUGCCCACAUGAAGGACACUCUAGAGGACGGACACACGGAGGAGACGCCCAGAGCUCUGAGCGGCAGCGCCACGCUGGUCUCCAGCCCCAAAUACGGCAGCGACGACGAGUGCUCCAGUGCGACAUCCGGGUCAGCGGCUGGUAGCAACUCGGGCGGAGCAGGAGCAGCCAUGGGCAGUCCACGACUGGAUGGACAUCAUCAUCACCAUCAUCACCACCACUCGUCGUCUUCCUCUUGGGAUGCGCUUCUGGAAGGCCUGCAGGAGAUCAAAGUCAGUCAGGUGCAUAUGGAGGACGCCAUCGAGGACAUGAAGGCGCAGUUGCAAAGCGACUACAACUACAUGACCCAGUGCUUGCAGGAAGAGCGAUACAGAUAUGAGCGUCUGGAAGAGCAACUCAAUGACUUGACGGAACUCCAUCAAAACGAGAUGAGCAAUCUGAAGCAGGAGCUGGCCAGCAUGGAGGAGAAGGUGGCGUACCAGUCGUACGAGAGAGCGCGAGAUAUCCAGGAAGCAGUAGAGUCCUGCCUCACCCGCAUCACCAAACUGGAGUUGCAGCAGCAACAGCAGCAGGUGGUGCAGCUGGAAGGUGUGGAGAACGCUAAUGCCCGAGCUUUGCUGGGAAAACUCAUCAACGUCAUCCUGGCCCUGAUGGCGGUCCUGCUGGUGUUCGUCUCCACCAUGGCCAACUUUAUCACGCCCCUCAUGAAGACGCGCGCCCGGGUCGGCGCCACCCUCGCCCUUGCGCUCUUCCUGGUCACACUGUGGAAACACUGGGAUUGGCUUGAGCUCUGCCUGCUGCCCAGUUGAAGAACAUGAACAAAAUACACAUUCAGAACUCAGACUCUAACUGUGACGCAUCCCUCCCAUUGUACCAAAAGUGGGCGAGACCUCGAAGGAUGUAUAAGAAAGAUCCAUCCAUGGCUUCGGUAAGGAGAUACGUGGCUUGGAGAUGGUGCUGGCCUGGUCUACAUGGCUCUACAUUUCCUGUCUUUUCCUUCUGAUUGGGUUUCUUUCCUUUUUUAAACCACUGAGCUCCUUUUUGCUUUAACUAAUGAAUGUUAAGUCCAGAGGAUGGUCUUCUGCUGAUGCAUGGCUUUAAUACCAACACACGUCACAUUUCGGAUCCAAACAUCUUCAUGACUGAAGGAACUCUUUCAUGCUGACACCAAAACUGUCUCAAAUGUGUUGCGUUUUAGUUCAUUUCGUCUCUGUGGAACUCAGUGUCUGUUAUAUAUGAAGUAUCUCAUUUUAAAGGAGAAUGAACGUCAUUGUCAUUUUACUUUGUGUAUUGUUAAGUGAUAUUUGACAUAGGGCGAAAAGGCAGAAGCGUAAUGUCAGUAGUCAAGAAUCAAUACUACAUCUGUCAUCAAAACAUUUUUGUAAACACAGUUCUAGUGUAACACUCACUGUUAGCAUGAUCAUAUUUCUCAUGUUUCUACCCGUUUGCUAAAUCACAACACCACUGUAUUCUUAAUAAAUACAUUUGCAAAUA